GGUGGCGCGAACACGGACUGUGCCUCUGGUGGCAUCACUGCUGGCGUUGGCAAGCAAGGAGGAGAUGAGUGUUGAGGCUGCUGCAGCGCCGAACGAAAGGGAAAUGGUGAUAUUCACGGUGAUAUUCACGUAGCAUCGGCAAUCAUUAUUUCUGUGUCUUGUAUCAGGACACCUCCCAAGCGUGGUGGGUGAGCCUGUACAGCCUACCUGUGGCUCCAGGCCACAGGUAUUCGUGACAACACACCAGAGUCGCCAGCUGUGAGUGAACACUUUGUUCUCAAUGGACGUGGCACUUCAAGGUCAAGUGGUGGAGUUUGGGCAAACAAUUACACCGCUCUUGUAUCUUUACUGUUGUGUAUAUCCCACACCAUUAUUGUGCGCACGAGUAGUCUGUCCCGCGACUAUGAAAUAUUUCUGUCGCGCGACUGUCGCUGUGUCAGGGAUCCCACUGUGAUGAAUACACACACAUGCUUAUAGUACUCGAGGAGGCGUUGUGUAGCUAGGACACCUGAGAGUGGCGAGGACUGUGGUGCAGCUGAUUCAGGCGCCAGCACUGGUCAUGAAUGUAACUGUUGUGUGAUCUGUGUCGUUGUCUGCUGGCAGACACAGACGAGAGAGAGCAGCACGCGCCCCGCAUCCCGCCAUGGCGUCCAACCAAACUGACUCAUCAGAGGAAUGGUUUAGGAAAUGGAUGACACACCGGCCAACACAGAAACUGGUUGCAGCCGUGGAAGAAGGAGGGAAGGCAAGGGUGAGGUCGGCCAUCGCCAGGGGUGCCAACCCUAAGGUCACCAUCCCCACUGAUGCAGGGCUGUCGGUGUGUCUGGUGACUGUGGCUGCCAGCAAGGGCCACCACCACCUGCUGCGUUGCUUACUGCAGGCGGGGCUGAGCAUAGAGGGUGGAGGCACCACCGACACGACACCGCUGAUGGAGGCUGCCGGGAAGGGCCACACCCAGACAGUGAAGGCACUGCUGACCCUCGGUGCGAACCCUCUGGCGACGGAUAGUAAAGGAAGGACGGCCCUCCACUAUGCUGCAGCGCGGGGCCAGCAGCAGUGCGUGGCGGCCCUCACGCCUGUCACCCCUCCCACCCCCGCACACCUCGAGGCACUCACCCCGGUGCACGCCGCCAGUUACUGUGGCCACGUGGAGGUACUGGAGCAGCUGGCGGGUGCUGGCUGGCCCCUCACCGCUAGGGACAGUGAUGGCAACACACCCCUGCACCUUGCUGCGGCUGGCGGCAGUGUGACAUGUCAGGAAUGGCUGGAGCAGCGAGGUGGUGACCCGCGCGUGCUAAACAAGGCAGGACACACACCCAGGGACACGGAACUGCUCACUGCUGUGGCUGAAGGAGACGAGGCAAGGGUGAGGUCGUCCCUCGCCAGGGGUGCCCAUUCAGAGAUCACCGUCCCCAGUGUUGCUGGGAUGUCGGGGAGUCUGGUAAGUGUGGCUGCCAUCAAUGGCCACCACCGCCUGCUGCGUUGCUUACUGCAGGCGGGGCUGAGCAUAGAGGGUGGAGGCACCACCGACACGACACCGCUGAUGGAGGCUGCCGGGAAUGGCCACACCCAGACAGUGAAGGCACUGCUGACCCUCGGUGCAAACCCUCUGGCGACGGAUAGUGGAGGAAGGACGGCCCUCCACUAUGCUGCAGCGCGGGGCCAGCAGCAGUGCGUGGCGGCCCUCACGCCUGUCACCCCUCCCACCCCCGCACACCUCGAGGCACUCACCCCGGUGCACGCCGCCAGUUACUGUGGCCACGUGGAGGUACUGGAGCAGCUGGCGGGUGCUGGCUGGCCCCUCACCACUAGGGACAGUGAUGGCGACACACCCCUCCACCUUGCUGCGGCGGGCGGCAGUGUGACAUGUCAGGAAUGGCUGGAGCAGCGAGGUGGUGACCCGCGCGUGCUAAACAAGGCAGGACACACACCCAGGGACAAGGAACUGCUCACUGCUGUGGCUGAAGGAGACGAGGCAAGGGUGAGGUCGUCCCUCGCCAGGGGUGCCCAUUCAGAGAUCACCCUCCUCACUGUUGAUGGGAUGUUGAGGAGUCUGGUAAGUGUGGCUGCCAUCAAUGGCCACCACCACCUGCUGCGUUGCUUACUGCAGGCGGGACUGAGCAUAGAGGGUGGAGGCACCACCGACAGGACACCGCUGAUGGAGGCUGCCGAGAAGGGCCACACCCAGACAGUGAAGGCACUGCUGACCCUCGGUGCGAACCCUCUGGCGACGGAUAAUGGAGGAAGGAUGGCCCUCCACUAUGCUGCAGCGCGGGGCCAGCAGCAGUGCGUGGCGGCCCUCACGCCUGUCACCCCUCCCACCCCCGCACACCUCGAGGCACUCACCCCGGUGCACACCGCCAGUUACCGUGGCCACGUGGAGGUACUGGAGCAGCUGGCGGGUGCUGGCUGGCCCCUCACCGCUAGGGACAGUGAUGGCAAGACACCCCUGCACCUUGCUGCGGAAGGGGGUAGCGUGACAUGUCUGCGAUGGCUGGUAAAUCGAGGUGGUGACACGCGCGUGCAAAAUAAGAGUGGACAUACCCCGCUGGACACGGCCGUGCAGUUUGGCCGCCACGAGGUGGAGACUUGGCUGGUCAAAAAUAGUGGCGCUGUUGUGAGGAACGAGGAUCAGCGUGUGGAGGAAGUGAGCGCCGCACCCCCCGAGAGCUUGUACCAGGAACUGCUCUCAACAAUCAGUCUCGGGGACGACGUGCAGGCGGUGUCCAGUCUCCUGUGUCAAGGCGCCUCCAUAGAGCCCCGGGGUGGCCGCUCCCCCCUCAGACUUGCUGUCACCACCGACCGUGCACGCACCGUCAGCCUGCUGCUGGCGAGCGGCGCCUCCCUGUCCGCCACACUGCUGCAGGAGGCUUGGCAGAGCCCCAAUGUGACCCACAUGGUGCUGGCCUCCCUCACCAGCGCCUACUGCUGCCGGCUGCGUGUGGAGCAGCGUCGUCUGGUAGAGGUCAGCCGCGCUCUUGUCGAGGGCAUCAGCAAUCUGCUGGAAGACAUCGAGGGAAGUACUCCGUGGCUGGCUGCCUGGCGAUCGGGCGAGGACACUGACCACGCAACUCUGAGCGACCUCCUGGCAAAGGCUGCGGCUGCCAACUGCCCCGUGACUGCCGCCUUCCUGCAGAGUGCAGGGGCGUGGCCUUUCUUUAGCCAAGCCUCGGGUGGCAGCGCCCUGCACGCAGCGCUGGACGCCGGCCACCAGACCAUGGCCGAGGCGCUGAUCAGGGACCUCGGGGGCUGCCCUUACGUGCCGGACACACACGGUCGCCUUCCAGUGCACAUGAUGAGUGACGAGGAGCGACAGAGGCUGGAGCAGAGGCUCUUCGAGGAGGAGCAAGAGAAGCUGAAGGAUUUGGAGCUUCUGCAGAAAGCAGAUCGCGAGAAGGCGGCGGCACGGACAGCGCUGGACGUGCAGAAGGUUCUUUUUGACACCCACAAGAAUGGAGAGGACAAGAAUGUUUCUGCAGGUGAUGGCCGCGCCGCCCUGCUGCUGGCCGCUCGCAAAGGCCUUCUGCAGCUGACUCAUCUGCUGCUGCGGGAGGGUCGCCGCCCAGUGGACGAGGUGGUGGACGACACCUGCGGCACCACCGCCCUCCACCAGGCGGCUUCGCACGGCCAGGACGGUUGCGUGGCGCUGCUGCUGAGCGCAGGCGCCAACACACAGCAGCGCGACAGCUACGGCCAGACCCCCCGACUCCUUGCCGCCAUGUUUGGCCACACAAGCACUGCUGACUUGCUGGCCCAACAAGAUGUGCAGGACGUUCCUUGCCGCGCGGGCACCACCGCCAAGCAAGUGACGCGAGGAUUUGAAGCAUACUUGCAGCUUUAUGAGAAGCAUGCCCAUGAUCCUCUGACUCCAUUUGACCGCCACAACCCCGACGGCGUCACAAGGAAGCUCAUGAAAUGCAUACGUGUAGGAAAACUGCAACAGGAGGCUCAGCGGGUGGCUGUUGACUUAUCAGAAGGUGAGGCCCUUCAAAUACACGAGGCGGUGAUGGCGGAACUGAAAGUCAUCAUGGAUAAUGUGUCAGCCGCGGACCCCACCUACCGCGGCGACCUGAGGCUGGCGGGCAGCUCUCGGGACGGCUCCAAGUUGUACGCCCCAGAUGAGUUUGACGUAAAUAUCGUGAUUCACGGUGAUGACGCAGGAGUAAAUGUUAGUGAGAGAAGGAAGGAGGAAGCCCUGCUGAAGGGCAGGUUACAGAUCUCUGUGAAGACUGACAACCCCAACCUUAAGGGGAAUAGUUUCAUGGCCAAUCUGUACAAGAAGGUGCACCGCUGCCUCGCUGGCCACACCCUGCAGGACGAAAGACUGAGCCUGGUGCCGCCGGGCCUUACUAGUACGCAGGUGGGCGUGGCACUUGCCCUGGCCUGGCAGGGGCGAGAGUAUCCACUGCUGCUGGUCGGCGUGGACCUGGUGCCGGUGCUGGAGGUGCCGUGGCCGGAACAAAUCCCCAGACCCUUCCUCACUCCCGGGGACACCACCACCAUGCAGCUCAGUAAUGCCGCGGAUGGCUCAUGGCGCUGCAGCUUUGCCUUGACGGAGGCAAAGGUGCUAGGGACGCUGAGCCCGGCGGAGCGCCAAUUGCAGCUGAUGGGAAAGCUACUUCUUUCCCGCCUCAAGGCUGAGCGCUGGAUGCCACGACACAAGAAGAGCUUCUGCACCUGGUUUGCCACACGGGAGUGGAACAUCCCGGUGCCGAGCGGGUUCUGCUUCAAGAACGCACUCCUGCGGUGGCUGGAGUAUAGGAGGCGUGGGGAGAGGCACCAUGCCAAGCAGUUGGCGGCGGGGCGGGAGGGGGACCCCGCCAGAUGGCUGGUACAGGUGUUCAGACUGAUGUGUGCAGACCCAGAGGAAUCCCGAGAGCGCCUGACAACUCAAAACAGCUCCGCCUACUUUGGAGGAGACUGUGAGGGGCGAAAACCUGGGGACGGGGCGCCCGUCAUCGUGCAGUGUCUGGAGGAGGACUUGGAAAAGUUGUGGCCUGGCUCGUCUGGGCCACCACGGCCUCAGCCUAGACAGCCAGGCGGCGGUGAACAUACUGGUGGCGCUGCGUCUUUGGAUGCAGAAGAUGCAACUCCACGGUGAUGGUCAGCAGUGACUCGCACCACUCUGUCAACCUCACACACACACACACACACACACACACACGCACGUAUACCUACAUGUGGUAAUCUCCAGAGACACAAAUGGUUGAUGUCAGACGUCACAUAUGGACAAUGAAUAGUGUAACAGUAAGGAAACACGUGAGCUCUCAAAUUUGGAAACUUGUAUAUGUAAAACAAUCCUUGCCCUGUAAAAAACUUAUGAGAAGUGUUUCAAUAAACUAAAAACAAACAUUA